AACUCUUGAGUCCUGCUUCUUCAUGAUUCCUGAUGCCUGAAGAGAAAUGUGGUAAUUCCUGAAACACACACACACAGAGAUAGCAACUGUAGAACUUGUAGAACUUUCUUGCACAGAGCUCUUGUAGAACUUUCUGGCGGUUUACUCUGUACGGGUGUGUAGCAACGCCAGCACAUCAGUUAUUCAUCCGAGGCCGUUUAGAUCAGUUUGAGGACAGCGGCGAGGUAGACAACAGCUGGUGGAUAGUCGGUUUAAGCGUAAUGAUUUUUUAGACGCUACACUUUAUUAACAGACUACGAAGUCCACCUCUGGCGGAUUGCAUACACUUUACGAAGUAACGCAGUAACGAUGGUGGAACCCUCAUCCGCCACUGAUGAGAACUACUGCGAGACUGAAAAGGCCGAGCAUCAAACCACCACCUUCAACAAUAACGGCUUCCUCCUGUCCGUGUCGGAAAUUCACACUCCGCUAAGCAAACGCGAGACCAACAGCGACAUCCAUUUCCGACCCUCCGCCUUCGCGUCGUCGCUUCGGGACACGAGUCAAUCGAACCACAAAUUCCAUCCUGGCAGCGCCACGAAUCACAGAUUCCAUCCCGGAAGCGCUGCUCCUUACGGCAGCGCUGCUCCUUAUGGAAGCGCUUCUCACGGAGGCCACGGGAGCCAUGGAGGUUACGGAAGCUACGGAACGCCAUCGCACACCCGAGGAGGAGGGACGAGGAUUCGGCAGUCGCCGGCGGUGCAGAGGAAGGAUAUGCUAGCGAUGAUGGAAGCGAGGGACAUAGCGGAACGAACGGCCAAGGCGAUUUUCGAGGAGAAACAAGCCCUUGAGGCGGAGCAUGAGCGGUUAUCGGAGGAGUACGAGGAGAAGGAGGUGGAGCUGGAGGCGGCUAUGGCUGCCAGGGACGCGGAGGUCAGCCGACGGAAACAACUGGAGGCGGCCUUGGCAGUGGCGGAGGGGAAGGACGGCGGCGGAUGGAGGCAGAGGGAGCAGCGAUUGCAAGAGCAGGUGCACGAGCUCAAGCGAGAGGCGACUGGGCUAAAGCGAGAGCUGGAAGAGGCGAAAUGGCGCGAAGACGCCAUGACGGAGAAGUUACAGGGUUACCAGACGAUGCUUGAGGAGGGCGCUGCUCGGAGUCUCAGGUCGGAGGCGGCAGAGAGGGAGCUGGGCGAGGCGAAGGAGACGAUAGCUCGGCUGGAGACCCAGCAGCGGCGCCUGCCGCACCUGGAGAAGCAGCUGCAGCAUCUGAAGGCGGAGGUGGAGCAGUGGAGAGCCAAGGCCGAAGAUAUGCAGCGAGAGGCUACCGAACAGCGGACCAGAGUCAAGGUUUUGGAGGCCGAGAAGGCUGGGCUCGAACAGCUGGUGGCUGAUCUGACGUCCGGCCAAACCACUGAAGAUGGGUCGGCAGUGGUCAAUGCUCAGGGAGAAGGGGGACAAGUAGCAGACGGAGAGGGGGAGGAGAGAGAGGAAGAGGAGGAAGAGGAGGAGGAAGAGGAGGAGAAGCAGGAGGAGGAUGAAGUGAAGCAGAGCCUGCAAGCUUGGAAGGAAACCUAUGUGGAGUUUGAAGGCAUCAGAUCCGCUUAUGAUGAGCCUGCUUCUCAGGCACCUCAAAAGGUGCUUGAAGGAGCCAAAGCCCCCCUACCCACCUCCUCCUCCUCCACCUCCUCCUCCGACUCUCACCCCGCCUCCCCUGCUCCAGCCCCUUGCUCCGUGGGCCCACAGACUGGUUACCAGAUAGGAACGCCAGGGGGGCCUCGGGGGCGAAUGAGCUUGGCGCCAGGAAAGGAAAGUCUAGGAGGGCCAGGAAGUUUGGGCCCGGUGGGGGGUGGUGCGAGUGUGGCGAGUGUGGGGAGGGCGGGGAGUGUGGUUAAUGGGCAGAACGCGGAGAUGGUGAGAGUGAUAAAAGGCCUGCAGUCUCAGCUGCGGGCUGCGCUGAGAGAGAGGGACGCGGGGCGGGUGGAGUGUGCGCGGCUGAGGGAGGUCGUAGCUGGGCUGAGGAGGGAUCUGGGGAGGGCGGAGGGGGAGGCAAGGAAGGCGGGAGCAGAGGCUGUGGAGCUGAGAGGACAGCUGCUCAAGGCAAAGGAAGAGCAGAAAGCAGAGGCGGAAGCCCUGCUGCAGGACAGGGAGCAGAGGGCGGCGCAGCUCAUGGCAGCAGAGGCAGCUCGGCUGGAGGGGGAGAAGGAGAAGGCGCUCCUCUCUGCUGACCUCUCGUCCACCAGGGCGGAGGUGGCUCGUUUGGAGAGGAGCAUGGCGGAAUCAGAGAAGCUCUCCAAGCAGUGGCUGUCCUCGCUACAAGCAGAACUCGCUGCAGUCAAAAUGGAGCUGGACCGGAAGGAGCAGAAGCUGGAGGAAGCUACACGCGAGUUGCACGCCAAGAUCAGGAGUUAUGAGAGGCUGGAACGAGCCUGGGAGAAGCAGCAGGAGGCGUGGGGCAGAGAGGCGCAGGAAGCAGCGGUUCAGCUCGUUUCAGUGGGGUUGGAUCUGGCUGGGGGGCGUUUUGAGCGUAGUGAGAGUGGGAGGGAGUGGGAGGAGGAGAAGGGGGAGAGGGAGGAGGCAUGGGCGGGCAGGGAGAAGGAGUGGGAGGAGGAGAAGCUGACGUGGAUUAGAGAGCAGCUGACUUGGGCGGCGAAGGAGCGGGAGUGGGAGGAGGAGAGGAAGGAGCAUAAGGAGCAGAGGGAGCAUUUGGUAUGGCUUGAAACGAGCCUGUCUCACGCAGAGCAGGAGAAGCUGGGGCUGCUGCAGUCGAAGGAGGAGGUGGAGCAGGAGAAGGAGAGAAUAGAGCACGAGAGGGAGGAAUUGGAGCAGGAGAAGGGGAGACUGGAAGGGUUAGUGGGGGCCCUACAGGGAGAGGCCCUGAGGAUCACGCAGGAACUUCAGCUGCAGCAGCAGGAGCAGGAGGAGGAGAGGAGGAGACGGGAGGGUGUGGUAGUCUCCCUGCAGGAAGAGGCUCUGAGGCUGACGCAUGAGCUGCAGCUGGUGCAGCAGGAGCAGGAGGAGGAACGGAAGCAAGCAGAGAGGGAGCAGCAGGCAGCGCAGCAGGCAACGCAAGCUCUCCAGCAAGAGUGGGAGCGGAAGGAGGAGCAGUGGACAGCUUGCGAGACGCGAAUGGCUGCUAGGAUUGAGUCCUUGGACGAGGAGCUCGCUGGGCUGAAGGCAGCACGCACAGCAGAGGAGCAGGCAGCGCAGCAGGUAGCGCAGGCUGUCCUGCAAGAGUGGGAGCGGAAGGAGGAGCAGUGGGUGGUUUGUGAGGCGCAAAUGUCUGCACGGAUUGGGUCCCUGGAUAACGAGCUUGCUGGGCUGAAGGAAGCACGCACGGCAGAGCAGCUGGCAUGGGAGGAGAGGGAGAGCAGCUGGAGUACUGAAUCUGAAGAGCGGGGACAGAAGGUCGCGCAGAUGGCUGCACGGAUUGGUACCCUGGAUGCGGAGAUAGCUGGGUUGAAGGCAGCACGCGCAGCUGAGCAACAGGGAUGGGCGGAGCGGGAGAGAACCCAGAUAGAGGAGUGGGGGCAGAAGGAGGAGCAGUGGGUGACUGAGAGGAGCGAGCUGGUUGCCAAGGGCGAGGAGGCGUCUGCUCUGGCUUUGGCUCUGACUGCAGAGCUGGCUGCUGUGAAGCAGGCAUAUGCGGGGGACCAGCAGCAGUGGGCCGGGAAGGAACAGCAGUGGGCGGAUGAGAAGAGGGAGCUGGUUGCCAAGGGAGAGGAGGUGUGUGCUCAGGCGACGGCUCUGACUGCAGAACUGGCUGUUGUAAGGCGGGCUUAUGCGGGGGAGCAGCAGCAGUGGGCCGCCAAGGGGCAGGAGUGGGAGGUGCUGGCGCAGCAGCAGGUGGUGCGGCUGGGAGAGAUGGAGACAGAGCUUGAGUGUGCCAGGGCAGAGAAGGCCGCUGUUGAGGAGGAAUUGGAAGGCGUGAGGCAGGAAGCGGAGAAGCUGACGAGGGCCGUUGAUUCCAUGGAGCAUGAGAAGCAGGAGCUGCUCACAGCCGUUGAUUUACUGAAGGAGGAGAUGGCGGCCGAGCAGGAGGGAUGGAGCGUGAAGGAAGGUGAAUGGAGGGAGGAGAAAAAGUUGCUGGGCGAGCAGAUAGGGGAGCUUCAAGAGGGCAUUGCAACCCUCCAGCAGGAGAGAACGGAGUGGGAAGGCAGGGAGAAGGAAAUCAAGCAUGCCAUAGAAUGCUUGCAGGAGGAGGAGCAGGCUUGGACGUGCAGGGAGUCGAUUCUGGGCGUGGCGCUUGCAGCACUGGAGCAGGAGCAUUGUGUGGCGAAGGGGGAUCUAGCAGAGAAGGAGCGAGAGCUUUGCGUGAUGAAGGGGGAUCUGGCAGAGAAGGAGCAGGCGAUUGAACACUGGCAGGAGAAGGAGCAGGCUUGGACGUGCGAGGAAACUAUUCUGGAGGAGGCCCUUGCCGCACUGGAGCAGGAGCUUUAUGCGGUGAAGGGGGAUCUAGCAGCAAAGGAGCAGCAGUGGGUGGGGAAGAGGGGAGGGAUGGAUGCACAGAUGGCAGCUCUGCAGAAGGAGCUGGCAGCAGCUAAGGCUGACGUGGACGCUGCUAACGAUGAGCUGGCAGCAGUGAGGAAUGAGCUGGCGGCAGUGAGGAAUGAACUGGCGGAGAGGGGUCAGGAGCUUGCGGUAAAGGAGAGGGCAUGGGCUGAGAAGGAGACGGCUUGGGAAGAGCAGAGGAAGGAUGUUGAGGAGAGAGUGAGAGAGCUAGAGGGAAGCAUUGCCUGUUUGGAAGGAGAGAGAGCAGACAUGCAGCGCGAGUGGGGGUCCAAGGAGGUGGAGUGGACGGAGAGGGAGCAGCAUGUGCUGCUGGUGCAGCAGCAGCAGGAAGAGGCAGCAGCAGCUGCCUUGUCAGCCGAAAAAGCAGCAAGGGAAGAGGCGGAGUCGCAGGGGCAAGCGUGGCUGGCGCGGGCCGAAGCAGCAGAGCAGAGAGAGAAGGAUUUAAAGGAGGAGAUGGAGGGUGCGGUGAAGGAAGGGGCGGCCAGGCACCAGAGGGUAGUCAGGGACUUGACUGAGGCACGUGGGAAGCUGGAUACAGUCACCGAGCGGUUGAAUGCGGUGCUGGGGGAGAGGGAUGGGUUGAAGAGAGAGCUGGAGGGAAUGAGGAGGGAGUUCGGCAGAGAGAGUGACAGGCUGCAGGGGCAGAAGGCGGGGUUGGAAGAGACGGUUGGGAAGCUGAGGGAUGCGAAUGUGGGCUUGCGGCAGGCGAAUGGGCAGCUAGAGGCGAGUGUGGGGCAGCUUGGGUCGGAUAACGCGCAGCUGAGAGCAGCUGUGGUUCAACUGGAGGGGCAGAAGGCGGGGUUAGAAGAGACGGUGGGGAAGCUGAGGGAUGUCAAUUUGGAGCUUCAGCAGGCGAAUGUGGAGCUUGAGCAGGCGAAUGGGCAGCUGAUGGGGGGCAAUGUUCAGCUAGAGGCGAGUGUGGGGCAGCUGAGGUCUGCUAACGCGCAGCUGAGAGCAGCUGUGGCGCAGUUGGAAGGGGAGAAGGGGGGGUUAGAGGCGGAGAGGGAGGAGUGGGGGGCGGAACGGGAGAGGUUAGUGGGGGAGAGGGAGAGGUUAGUGGGGGUGAAUGCGCAGCUAAAGGCUGUGCUGGGGAGGCUGGAGAGGGAGAAGGAGGAGGUGUGCUGUGCGAAGGUGGAGGUCGAGGCUGAGUGUGCGGAGUUGAGGGGUGAGCGAGAAGAGCUGAGGGCGCUGGUGGGGAGGUUAGAGGGAGAGAAGGAGAAGGUGUGCUGUGAGAAGGUGGAGGUUGAGGCUGAGUGUGCUGAGCUGAGGGGGGAGAGGGGGGAGCUGCAGGGUGCACUGGCACAGGCUCUGUCAGAAAAGGAAGGCGUCGAAGAAGCGAAGGAGCAGCUGCAGGGUGAUCUGACACAGGUUCAGCUAGAGAAGGGGGAGGUUGAAGCAGAGAGGGAGCAGCUGAAGGGCGAACUGGCUCAAACUCGGCUAGAGAAGGGACAACUCGAAGUGGAGAGGGAGCAUCUGCAGGGUGCACUGGCACAGGCUCUGGCAGAGAAGGAAGAGGUCGAAGAGCAGCUGCAGAAAGAUCUGGUGCAGGCUCGGCUGGAAAAGGAAGAGGUUGAGGCGGAGCGAGAGCAGCUGAAGGGCGAACUGGCUCGAGCUCUGUCGGAGAAGGAACAGGUCGACGCAGAAAGGGCGCAACUGAAGGCAGAACUGGGACAGGUGCAGUCAGAGAUGGGGCAGGUCGAAGCAGAAAGAGAGCAGGUGCAGGGCGAUCUGGAUCAAUCUCGGUCAGAGAACGCACAACUUGAAGUGGAGAGGGAGAAAAUGCAGGCGCGCAUGGGCGAGAUGGAGAGCGAAAUCGGCCAGCUGAGGUCGGCAGGGGCGGCUUUGGCCGCAGUUAAGGGGGAGCUGGAAGCGGAGAGGGAGGAGUUGCUGGUUGGUAAGGCUGAGAUGGAGAGUGAAAUCGGGCAGCUGAAGUCGGAAUUAGAAGCUCUGAGUGCGGCUAAGAAGGGGUUGGAGGCGGAGAGGGAGAGUUUGCUAGCUGAAAAGGCUGGGUUGGAGACUGAGAGGGGCGGAUUGCGUCAUGAGAGGGAGGUGUUGCAGCAUGAGAAGGCUGAGUUGGAGGAAAGAAUGGAGAGGGCGGAAGGGGAAAUUGAGGCAGGGGAGCAGGAGAGGGCGAGGUUGGAGGAAAGGGUGGGUGCUCUGGCAGAGGAAAGAGAGGAGCUGACGGUGAACCUAGGGGAGGUUGAAGCUGAGAGGGCUCGCCUGGUGGAGCAGUUGGGAUGCCUGAACGGAGAGAGGGAGGCGCUGCUGGGUGAGAGGGAAGGGCUGGUGAGAGAAAAGGUGGCAGUGGAAGCUGAGAGGGAUGGACUGAAGGUGCGGCAAGGGGAGCUUGAAGCUGAGAGGGCGGCUCUUGUGGAGCAGAAUGGGUCCCUGCAAGCAGAGAAGGGGGUGCUGCUGGGUGAGAGGGAGGAGUUGGUGAAACUGAAGGCAGCAGUGGAGGCUGAGAGAGCGGCUCUUGUGAAGCAGAAUGGGUCUCUGCAAGGGAAAAUGGGAGAGUUGGAGGAAAUCAACAACGAACUGGCUGGGGAGAAGAGUGGUUUGGAGGGCGAGAGAAGGGCUUUGGAGGAAGAGAAGACAGUUCUGGAGGGUGAGAAGGCGGUUCUGGAGGGUGAGAAGGCGGUUCUGGAGGGUGAGAAGGCGGUUCUGGAGGAAGGGGUGAGAGGCCUGGAGAGGGAGAAGGGGUUGCUUGAGAGUGCUAACUGCGAGCUUGAGAACUCGUUGCACGAGAGUAAGAGCGCUGUAGAGCGACUAGAGGACGCAUUGAGGGAGCGAGAGGGCACUGUGAGCCGGCUGGAGGAUGCCUUGGCGGAGCGCGAGGGUGCAGUGAGGUGGCUGGAAGGGGCAGUGAAGGAACUAGAAGAGGCGAAGAAGGUCGGGGAGGAGGAGGUGAGUGCGAUGAAGGAGGAGCGGUCGGAGUUAGUGGCCUCCCUGCUGCAGCUGAAGGAAGCCUUGAGGGAGCGCGAAGGCGCUGUGACGCAGCUAGAGCAUGCUUUGGAGGAGCGUGAAGGCACUGUGAGGUGGCUCGAGGGGGCAGUGAAGGAGCGCGAAGGCACUUUGAGCCGGCUGGAAAAUGCACUGGCGGAGCGUGAGGGCAGUGUGAGGCAGCAGGAGGAAGCAUUGGCAGAGCGUGAGGGAACUGUGAUGCAGCUAGAGCAUGCAUUGGCGGAGCGUGAGGGCACUGUGCGGAGGCUGGAAGGGGCAGUGAAGGAACUAGAAGAGGCGAAGAAGGCCGGGGAGGAGGAGGUGAGUGCGAUGAAGGUGGAGCGGUUGGAUAUGGAGGCCUCCCUGCUGCAGCUGCAGGUGCGGAAGGUUGAGCUGGAGGCAGGGCUGCAGCAGAUGACAGUCAGGGAGGUUGGGUUACAGGCAGGCUUGCAGCAGCUGAAAGCAGAGAAGGAGGUGCUGGAAGGAGUGAUGCAGGAGAUGCGGCGGGAGGGGGAGAGGAAGGAGGAGGAGUGGGUGGCGGUGCAGAGGCAGAUGGAGGAUGGGGUGAGGGAGAAGGAAGCUGCGUGGAAGGAGCUGGAAUGGAGGCUGAGGGGGGAAGUAGAGGAGAGGGAGGGUCGGGUGGGGAGGUUGCAAGGGGAGGUGCAGGGGCUACUGGCACAGAUCAGUGAGGAGAAAGAGUGUGCUAUGGGACUGAAGGAACAAGUGAAUGAGCUGGUGGUGGUGAGGAGCCAGUUAGAGGAGCAGAGUGAGGAGGAUGUGAGAGAGAAGGAGAGGUUGGGGGAGAGAGUGAGGGAGUUGGAAGGGAGGGUGGCGGAGGUAGAGGAGGGGAGGGAGAAGGUACUAAAAGAGUGUGAGGAUGAGCUACAGAGGAGGGGAGAGGAAGUGAGGAAUCUGAGUGAGGAGAUGAGGAGGAUGGGGGAGGAGGUGAGGGAGAGGGAGAGGGAAAUGAGGAGGCGGGAGGAGGAGGUGGUGGCGGCGGUAGAGGCGGAGAAGAGAAGGGUGCGGCAGGAGUAUGUAGAAAGGGAGGUGCGGAGGGAGGAGAGGAUGGAGCGAGAGAUUGCCAGGAUCCAAGCUGCUGUGCAGGAGGAGAAUCGGACGCUGAGGCACAAGGUGGAAGGCCUGGAGCAGAGGCAGGAGGAGAUGGAGCAGAGGAUUCAGGGGGAGAGGGAGCAGCUGCAGGAGAGCCAGAAGCAACUUCAGGCUCUGGAGACCCAGCUUCUCGCUAAGGAGCAGCGGAUGCAGGUGGCUGAGCUACAGCUUCAGGCCGAACGCGAGAGGAUGGCUCAGGAGCAGCGGCUGAUUUCGCAGGCCUUGUUUGACGCGAACUUGGAGCUGAUGCACCGGUCAAGAAGCUCUCCCUGGGUGCAACUGUGAUACAAGGAACACAUAACCUACCGUAUUCCCCCGGAUAUACGCCCCUAGGUGCUUAUAGGGAUUAUAGUCAAAAUUUUGGGGGUGCGUUUAAUUGGAUUUUUUUGAUAUGGCA